UCUCAAGUUUCAUCCAUCAAGGGGCGUUAACUAGGGAUUCGGUCCACCUACUCUCACAUCAGUUGUCUAGUCGCAGUUAAAUAGUCAACAUCAUGACUCCAUCGAGGCUCAUUGUCCUCAUACUAAUCUACGUCAAUCGAUUUGUCUCUGCCUAUGACUAUUUUGAAGAUUUCAACUGCAAAAUUAUUGAGGAGGAUACACCUCUUUACCAACUCAAAAGGCACCUCUUCUGCGAUUACGAUCCUCAAAUCCGACCUGGAGACGCAUCUAAAAAUGCAACCGAGGUUCACAUUACUGUUAUUCCAGAAUACGUCCAAUUCAUGAGUCACAGUUCCAGUAUGAAACUGCACAGCUGGCUCAUUGUCCACUGGAUCGACCCCUUUCUCACCUGGAAGCCAGACGAACGCGAUAAAAUAAAAGAAAUCGCUGUGAGAGGAAAUGAAAUUUGGUUCCCAGAGGUGUACACAAUGGACCCAAGCGAUGAAGACAUCGGUAGAGUAACCGAUGCCUCCUGUAGGCUGGCGUACAAUGGUGCAAUUAUAUGUAUUCCAUCAAUAACGUACAUCGUACCCUGCGUUCCUGAUUACACCUAUUGGCCCUGGGACACUCAUAAUUGCACUUUGCAAUUGGGUGCAUGGGGCCACUCCGACCAGGACAUCACCUUCGGAGAAGACACUGGCCUUGUUAUCGAUCGUUAUCGGGGAACAGACCAAUGGAAAAUCUCUCUCCCAUUGAUGAAUAUCACGACUCGAACAUCCAAAUUAUCUGGCAACGCUACUUUUCCAAUUUUUACAGUGUCAGUUCUCCUGACUAGGACACAAACAGUGUUGAAGAGCGUCUUCGUCACUCCAGUCAUAAUCUUGACUGUGAUGACUAUGACGAUUCUCUGGCUGAGACCGGGAUCCACCGAGCGUCUCAUAUUAUGCUGUUUAAAUCUGUUGGGACAUCUGCUGGUUCUUCGGAAUCUUCAUUGGAAAGUUCCUAGUACUGGAAGAACAGUCCCAAAUAUUCUGGUUUUCUACAACAACUCUCUCAUUCUGUCGACGUUGAUAUUGAUAUUGAGCUGCUGGCUCCAGAAUCUUCUCAAGUCGAAACGAGAAGUGCCUGUGUGGCUGGUCUCACAGGUCUCAGUCAUCCUUACGAGUAAAGUUGGACAAGUACUGACGAUCAAUAUCAUGGAUCCUAAAGGAUCGGCAUUGCUGCAAGAUGAUGCUGAUGACAACAGUGGUCUAGUGAAUUCUCAACCGAAAAACUCCAACUGGGAGAAUGUUGUCACUGUCAUUGGGUGGCUUUUACUCUUCACCUUUGGUUUCACGUAUUUUAUCAUGUGUCUUGCUCUCCUCACUUGAGGAUUUAUCCAAAUUUAGAAUUAAAGAGAUUUGUCAAUAGGUACUUUAUCUAAAACAAAUUGAUUGGAUGUGUAAGGUGAAGACGCAAAUAAAGUCUUUUUAAUUAACUCAUAAA